UCAAUAUAUAGAAUAUGUUGCUGCUAAAUUACCGUUAAUGGAAGAUUAUGUGGUAGCACCAAAAGUUUCACAACAAACUCAAUGUGUAUUCGAUAAAGACGUUUAUGAGAUUGGAGAAAAAUGGAAACCAACCAUCGAACCAUUCGGCGUAUAUUAUUGUAUUCUUUGUGAAUGUAUAGCUGUGCAAAGAAAAAAUAAUGAAGGUGACAAUCGUGUGGUUGCCAAAGUACAUUGUAGAAAUUUCAAAAAUGAUUGCCCAAAGCCUACUUGUAACAAUCCAGUAUUAUUGCCUGAACGUUGCUGUAAAUCAUGUCCUGGAGAUGUUAACAAUAUUGAAGAUUUAAUUGCUAGUCAAAAAAUGGAAGAAGCAUUGCUUAUGAAAAAUUUUCGUAAAAAAUUCUAUGCACUUCUUUCAUCAAAAUCAUCAACAGCGCCGACAAAUAUGACUGCAACAACCAGAGCAUUUUUCCAUUUGAAUAAACAACGGCUAGCGUUCAUUAUUAAAACUACAAGCCAUCAUAAACCGACUUAUAUACGAUUUCAAGAUCUCGAUGAUACAAUCAUUGAAGAAUAUAUUGUUCUCGGUAACAAAAGCAAUGGAUCAAAUAAUCAAUAUGUUGUUUUUGGUUCUUGGAAAAAAGUUCCAAAACCAUAUCGUGCCAUGAUUCGUAAUAGACAUCUGAAAAUUUCAAUUUCAUUUAACAAAGAUUUUAAUAUGAAAUCCUCAUUGGUCGGUGUGAUACGAAAACAUAAUACAGCCAAUUCUGCUAUACAGGAAAUGUGGAACGAUCAAAAUCUCUAUUAUGAACUAUUAGAAUCAGGAGAAUUUGGAAAGAAUAAAAUAUUCCAAAACAUGUUGAAUGCAACUUCAUUUGUUUCAUAUGAAGAUCGUAAUUCAUUAGAUCGUAAAGCAAUGAUGGAUCAAUCAGCAUAUCCAUCGAUGAAUUCAAUUAAUUCCAAUUACAAAUGUUAUUAUGAAGCUCAGAUCUACGAUGAAGGUGCUCAAUGGAAAAAUCACAAUGAUGAUUGUGAAAUGUGUUUCUGUCAACGUGGUCGUGUUAAAUGUGAGAGCGAAAUCUGUCUAAAACUCAGAUGUAAAGAACAAAUUCGUGUUCCUGGACAAUGUUGUCCCAUUUGUAAAAACAAAUUAGCUCAUUAUUCGUCGAAAAGGAAUCAAUCAUGUUAUUUUGAAGGUGAAAAACGAUCUCAUCUUAUUGGAUCAAGAUGGCAUCCAUACAUACCUCCAUUUGGUUUUGAUCGAUGUACAGUAUGUAUGUGCACUAAAUUAGCACAAAUCGAAUGCAAACGUAAUGAAUGUCCACCAUUACCAUGUGCAGAACGUGAUGCUUAUCGAGAAAAUCCAAUGGACUGUUGUAAAAAAUGUCGUGCAUCGACUAGAUCAAUGGAAUCAAUGAGUGACCAAGCAUCGAAUGAUGAUAAUAUUGAACAAGCUCUUGCAACAGGAAGUUGUCGUUUCAGAGGAAAAAUUUAUGCAAAUGGUGACGAAUGGAAUCCAGCAGUUGAUCCAUAUGGUGAAAUUAGUUGCAUAAAAUGUCGUUGCAAAGAUGGUCUACAUAAAUGUCAACGAUUAAAAUGUAAACCAUCACCACCGGGAUGUCAAAAAAUUCUUAUCAGAGGUGAAUGUUGUCCAGUUUGUGCCGAUGAACAGCCAAAAUUAUUAGCAUCGGAUAAUACAUUUAUUACCGGACGAAGACGGCUAUCAGCUAAAACAUCAAGAAUACGAUAUUAAUGCGGAUAAAAACGGCACAGAAACUCAAUCUCUCAAAUCUUUUGUAAAUGUUUUUUCAGUUUUUUUUA